AUGGCGGACGCCUACCACGACAUGGGGAUGGAGUCACUUUCGGCAUCAGACGAUGAAUACCUUGGUGACAUACCAACCCAGAUACCCCAACGGAGGCAGCAGAAUGCGCCCCCGAAACAGCCAGAACACCAACUAGCCACUAAGGUCAACUUAUCAGUUAUGGUGACAGACCUCAAGGCCUUUUUCGCGGCAGAACUCGCGGGCCUCAAAUCUGAGCUGAACACGCUCACGAGCCGCAUACAAACUGCAGAAGACGGGGUCCAAGACCUGAAAGCCCAGCAAGAAGCUACCGCCACUCAAACGCUGGAACUAACAGCCAUGUGCACACAGAUGAAUACCUGA